UCCCUGUGGUAGCUUCAUCUGAGUUCACGGAACGGAACAUGUUUCUUCUCUUUCUCAAUAAUGGCUUCUUCUUCUUCUUCUUCUUCUUCUUCUCAUAAGAACCGUCCUUCUGUUUCCACGCUUUUCUUCCUCACAUUGUUCCUCCUAUCAGCAUUCCUCUUCAUCUUCUUCUUCAGAAAUCGCGACCCCGCUCUCACCCUCCGCUCAGAUCUCCUCCUUCUCCACCCUCCUCCGCUCUCCAUCCACGUCCACCCUCCCAAUAACACCCAAACUCAACCCGAAACCGAAACCGAACCCGAAGCCGAGUCUGCCGUCGCCACCCCCACCGACACCGACACCGACACCAAAAUCUCAGUCGAUAACACUGACGACACUCAAGCAGAAUCCGACGCCCAAGACGAAAACACAGUGAAUGGAAGCAACGGUGAUAACGAUAGCAGUGAUACUGAUGAUGAGGUAGGAGCGGUGAAGAAGCAAUUAGAUUGCGACUUGUACAGUGGAACCUGGGUUAAAGAUGAAGGGAAUUACCCAAUUUACAAACCUAGUAGUUGCCCUUACGUGGACGAGGCUUACGAUUGCCAGGCCAACGGUAGAAAGGAUUCUGACUACACCAAGUGGCGCUGGAAGCCCCAUGGCUGUGAUCUUCCCAGGUUUAGUCCCACUGACUUCUUGAAAAGACUCCGAGGUAAAAGACUCAUGCUGGUUGGAGAUUCCAUGAACAGGAACCAAUUUGAAUCCAUCUUGUGCAUGCUCCGUGAAGGCCUUCAAGAUAAGACUAAAAUGUAUGAGAUUCAUGGAUACAAAAUUACAAAAGGAAGAGGCUACUUUGUUUUUAAAUUUGAGGACUAUAAUUGUACUGUGGAGUUUGUGAGAUCUCAUUUCCUUGUGAGGGAAGGAGUUCGAGUUAAGGCACAAGGCGGCUCGAAUCCUACAUUGUCAAUAGAUCGGAUUGACAAGACUUUUCGCCGAUGGAAGAAGGCUGACAUUCUUGUCUUUAACACUGGUCACUGGUGGACUCAUGGAAAAACUGCUCGAGGGGUAAAUUAUUACAAAGAAGGCGAUCAACUUUAUCCAAAAUUUGAUGCAGUUGAGGCAUACAGAAGGGCAAUAAAGACCUGGGCAAAAUGGAUCGAUCAUAACAUCAAUCCAAAGAAACAAAUUGUCUAUUAUCGUGGAUAUUCUUCUGCCCAUUUCAGAGGUGGAGAUUGGGACUCAGGUGGGUCAUGCAAUGGUGAAAUUGAACCAGUUCUUAGUGGGUCCAUCCUAGAUAACUAUCCCCUGAAAAUGAAGAUAGUGGAGGAAGCAAUUCAGGGAAUGAAGUUUCCAGUAACAUUACUAAAUGUCACAAGGAUGACCAACUUCCGCAAGGACGGGCAUCCAUCGGUUUAUGGCCGGAACGUCACUGGCCUAAAAAGAGUCUCAACAAGGCGGCAGGACUGUAGCCAUUGGUGUCUUCCUGGGGUCCCUGAUGCAUGGAAUGAGCUCAUUUAUGCCAACCUUGUUCUCCAACAAGCCAAUUCAAGGAGUUAACUCAAACCAUCCUCCUUUCAAGACUCAAAGAGAGUUCAACAUUUUUGUGCGGGAAACAAGGGAAGAAACAAGAGAGGACUUUCUUCUUGUAUAUGUCUAGGUUUUGCUUCCAUCUAUUGAAUCCUCUUGAUACAAUUAUACAAAUAUAGGAAUGUUAUUUGUUGUACAUUGCUAAAUCUACAUCAUUGUUAUAUUGACCUGCAUAACUUAUAAAAUUAUGUUAAAUCAA